AUGUCUGACGAGCACAAGGAAACCGUCGUCGAGCACUCGGCCGACUCCAAGGAGUUCGCCCAUGGUGUCGACGACGUCUACGCCAGUGGCACCGGCUCCCCUGGUCGUCCUGCCGGUUGGAUGUACAAGGGCUACACACCUUUUGGUCGCAACUUUGAGCUCUGGUAUGCCUCGCCCAAGGUUCAGCUGCUCAUGAUCUCGCUCGUUUGCUUUCUCUGCCCCGGCAUGUUCAACGCCCUCAACGGUCUUGGUGGCGGUGGUCUUCCCGAAGACAAGGCUUACGUCGGCGCCAAUUGCAACGUCGCUCUGUACUCUACUUUUGCCGUAUUUGGUUUCUUUGCCGGCACCAUUACCAAUCGUCUCGGUCUUCGCCCUGCUCUGGCCUUUGGUGGUCUUGGCUACUGCAUCUACGCCGCCUCCUUCCUCAGCUACAAGCACACUGCGAACGAGGGCUUCGUCUACUUUGCUGGCGCGUUUCUCGGCGUGUGCGCGGGUAUUCUCUGGUGCGCCCAGGGUGCCAUUAUGAUGGCCUACCCUCGUGAAGAGGCAAAGGGCCGGUAUAUCUCAGUCUUUUGGAUUAUUUUCAAUUUUGGUGGUGUCAUUGGAUCUCUCAUCCCCCUAGCCCAGGCUGUCAAUGACAAAUUCUCCAACCAAGCUUCCGAUGGUGUCUACGUCGCCUUCAUCAUUCUCAUGGUUAUUGGUGCUGUCUUUUCUUUCCUGCUCUGCAACGGUGACAAGGUCAUUCGUGAGGAUGGCAGCAAGGUUAUCCUUAUGAAGAACCCCACGUGGUCGUCUGAGCUCCGCGGUCUCUGGGAAACACUAUACCAACAGCCCUGGAUUCUUUUGCUCUUCCCCAUGUUCUUCUGCUCCAAUAUCUUUUACACCUAUCAGAACAAUGGUGUCAACGCCGUCGCCUUUAAUGCUCGUACCCGAGCUCUCAACGGUCUCCUGUACUGGCUAGCCCAGAUUGUCGGCGCCGUCAUCAAUGGUUUUGCUCUUGACUACAAGGGCGUCAGCCGCUCUACCCGCGCCCGUCUUUCUCUUGUCUUCCUCAUGGCCUGCACUUUUGGAAUCUGGGGCGGAGGCUGGGCUUGGCAGAAGAACCAGCCCACGCGAGAGUGGUACAAGGAACACCCCGAUUCCCUCAAGCUUGACUGGACCGACGGCAGCAAGUUCCUCGGUCCCAUGUUCUUGUACUUUUUCUACGGCAUGUACGACGCCAUCUGGCAGACGUGCAUUUAUUGGUACAUGGGUGCUCUUUCCAACUCUGGUCGCAAGGCCGCCAACCUCGCUGGCUUCUACAAGGGUAUUCAAUCUGCCGGUGCCGCCAUCUUCUGGCGUAUGGACGGUCUCAAAUUGCCACUCAACACUAUCUUUGGUGCUACCUGGGGCUGUCUCGCUGCCUCUCUUUUCAUUGCUGCUCCUGUCAUCGUCAUGCGCAUUCAGGAUCACGUUUCUGUCGAGGAGGAUCUCAAGUUUUCUGAUGAGACGAUUGAGGAUGUUGUUGCUGUCCCGACGAAGCGCGUCGAGGGUGAGGCCUAA